AUGACCCAGCUGGACGCAGUGGUUGCCAGUGGAUCUGGGCCGCAAUACUCAAAGCCUAACGCGAAGACUCUGCAUGCACUGCGGCUGGAGACGUUCCGCGCUGCCGAGGAGCUCGCGCUCAACCUGAGCGUGGAUAUGACGCGUCCCCAGAACGGCGUUGAGGCAGACGGUGCUGAACUGGGGAAGGUGCAAAAGGUGUCAAUGGGUUCGCAGGUUCUCGCUCUCACUGGUGCCGCUGGUGUCUCGAACCGCGGAGCCGAGAUCACGCAACUCGACUGCAAGCUUGCAACGCAGGCAGAAGAGAUCGCACGGCUGAAGAAAUGCCCGGAGUCGGGCGUUGGUGGGGUCGUAGUCGUGGGCCAUGAGGAGCUCGUGUCCGCACUUGCUAAUGCGGUUCGGGCAUUGGAGAAGGAGGCGAGGGCGAUCGCGCUGGAAAGGGCAGUACUGGGCGAUACGCAUAACCAGGAGGCGCUGGUGCUAGGGCAAGUGGACGCAAGGGCAACCGCGACAAUGACGGCUACCGUGGGUAAGGGCAAGGGUAAGGCGGAGGAUGGGGAGGGGCCCGCUACUGCGGGUCCGAGCGCUGCCGCGGUUGAGGUCAAGACGGAGAAACGCAGCAGGGGUGGCAAGAAGUUGUCCCCUACACCCGUGUACACGAUCGACGAGGACGAUGCGGACGACGAGGUGCAGACUCUCGUGAGCAGGUGGGUCCUGGAGGCGGGCGACGGAGGAGAGCAGGGUGGGGAGGCCGAGGUCGAGGUUCAUAGCGGCGGGGAGAGCGCGGACGAGCAAGACGGAGACCCCGUGGUCGUACCAGGUGGCGCAACGGGAGGACAGGGUGACACCAGCAGCAAGCGCAGGGGCUGUGGUAUCCGCGCUCCACCCAGGGGUGGACCCGGCUUGGUUUCUGAACCGCAUCUGGGGGGAAAGAAGCUUUGGCUCGAACACGGCGACCGCCAAGAUCUGCAGUACAAGACCGCAAUCGCGAUGCUGCCCUACGACAAGAAGGUGGACCCCGGGCUGAACCUGAGCCAGAAGCAGCUUCGAGAUUGGACCGCGGACCUGUCCAUUGCCGAGGGGUUACAUACGGGCCUCUUAAUCACCAUGCACUACCGCAAUCUUGUAGCCAGCAAGGACAGGUGGCAGCGCAUGUUCGAAUCCUAUCGCGGGCUAACCAAGCCCGGAAUGCACACCACCAACGAGAUUGCAUGGGCCGCAGUGGUAGGCAAGGAGGCUGCAGCAGAAGAAGCGGAGCUCGGCGAUGUGGAACCGACGGACUACGCGGGAGCGGUCGCAUGCGCGAUUGCAAUGGUGUGGGAGGUGACUCGCGGUUCUAACGUCACGGCCGCAGCGGAUAAUGGACAUUUGGCCGCGCGAGCUGCUGGUUGCUAUGGGGAGCCAAGCCGUCUCUUCCCCAUAGUUUCCGCGUACGUCGUCAAUGCGGUGCGGAAGCGCAAUGCCCGCGAGCUGCAAGCUGAGGACGACGAGCCGCAGGUUGUCGCGGACCCGAAGGUGGUCGCGACCGCAAUUGUGACUGGAGUAGUGAACGAGGUCGUCGCCAAGUCUCGCGAUCUCAGGCACAUUGAGUUGGCCGCCCGCGAAACGGUGGACGUUAUCGUCACUUGGUCCAGGUCAACACUCUUCUUCUUUACCGCGAUCCCUUCCGAUGCACCCGACAUGCCCACAGCUCCUGACACGAGGUCGAGCUUGUACGAGCACUACCGCGAUGUUGUCUCCUUGCUCACGCUGUGGGCGAUGAAGUCCAUGACUCGCUUGACACGGUUUAUCGCGUGUCUGGCCGCCUCCCUCCUUCCCAAUGAGUUCGGCCAAUCACGUAACUGCAUCGUGGGGCUGGGCCAGAAGCGACUCUGGACUCUCGCGGAUCGGCGGGAUUUAUUGGCUAGUGUGAAGCUGCUCAAGAUGGCGGCCAUGCUGGUCUUCCGCAUCAUGUGCUUGAACUCGUCCGGGGUGUACGUGUCCGCGGCCGUGCCCCGAUGGCGAUCCAUGUGUUCCCUGCGCAACCAGUUGGACGAUUGUGCCAGUGUUAGUGGACGCGGUUUGCUGGACGUUGAACGCGGCACCUCUCCCACCGUGUCCUCUCGCACCUAUCCCUCUCCCCGUGGUCCCACCCCCCGCCUUCCAUUUACCCGCGUUCCCUCUCGCACCGGUCCCCCUCCCCGUGGUCCCACCCCCCACGUUCCCUCUACCCGCGUUCCCUCUCGCACCGGUCCCUCUCCCCUCGUUCCCUAUCGCACCGGGCCCUCUCCCCACGUUCCCUCUUGCGCCGGUCCCUCUCCCCGCAUUCAUCGCGUUCGACUGUGGUUGCAUACCUCUACCGGGGGUGCUGAUGUGGACGUCCGGGUUCCCUGGCAACAGCGAGUUCACGUUCCAUAUCGGAGGCAAUUGGCACGCGCGAUUGCAUUCAUCCCUGCUUCACCAGUCACCGCACGUCCUAUCACCUCCGCACCCGCGAUCAUUGACAGGCCGUCUGGUCGCGCGUGUGUGUCCACACCGGCCUCCGAUGGACCUAUACGAUCUGGAGGCCCCGUUGGUGGGAUAUCCGCGUGA